AUGGCGAUCGAUCGAAUGAGUAUUGAUGGGAUUACGAAUCCGCAGGUAGGCGGUUAUCAGUGUACAUAUCCAGGGUGCACCGCCCAGCCUUUUCAGACACAGUAUCUUUUGAAUUCCCAUGCGAACGUCCACUCCUCAAAUCGACCACACUACUGCAGCGUCAAAGGCUGCCCUCGGAGUGAGGGCGGAAAGGGGUUCAAGAGGAAAAAUGAGAUGAUCAGACAUGGGUUGGUCCAUGAUUCGCCAGGUUAUGUGUGCCCGUUCUGUCCCGAUAGGGAACACAAAUACCCACGGCCCGAUAAUCUUCAGAGGCAUGUGAGAGUUCACCAUGUUGAUAAGGACAAAGAUGACCCUCAACUGAGAGAGGUGCUGUCGCAGAGACCGGAAGGACCAAGCAGAGGUAGACGGCGUCGAGGCGGAACUUCAUGA